AUGCCUCAACUCCUUGUGACGCUCUUACGCGCCAGUAACUUGCCCAUUGGCGACACGUACAUCCAAGGCAGUGCUAGUGACCCCUUCGUGACCUUCCAGCUGGACGACGAGUACUUGCGCUCUUCGUGUGUGAGCGGGACAUUGGACCCCGUGUGGCAGCCAGCCGAGACAUUUGAGUUUGAGGUGCUGCACACGUCGCAGAGCAGCUCCGAACGGCACUUGGUGAUUCAAGUGGUGGACAACGAUCGGUUCAAGACGGACGAUCUAUUGGGGGAAGUGCGUCUCCCGUUGUCACUCUUUGACCAACGCCCUAAUGAAGCGGUCGUUGAGACGUACGAAUUGCAGGUGCCAGACGCUCUAAAGCAAGCGUCGACGUCCCAGCUGGUGGACAAGAAGACGAGCAUCCAACUGGACAUCUGUUUCGCACAAGAGAUGGAUGGACAGAAGACAUUGUGUGUAUGGGAGAACGAGGACUAUGUGGAUGGACAAUGGAUACCUUCGCAUAACAACGAACGUCGUCAGUGGAGCACACUUGAUCUCCAGAUCUCGUCUGAUAACUUUGACCAUGUGGCACCAAAAGUACCCGAAGGCCUUGAAGGUGCUGGGUGGACGUAUUCGACCAAGAAAGGCGAUGACCAUGGAUGGGUCUAUGCCACUACCUAUACAGGUCCCUGGGCGUCUGCACCGUCGACUUUGUGCUACGCGCGUCGCCGUCUCUGGCAGAACAACUACCGCCCUGCAAUUGCAUGUGAGUAA